AUGGCAGACAUUUUCGACUCAAAUCAUCUCCAGGAGGCAUUAAACCUUCCAUUCCCCGCUGCCACCAAUCAAGUUGCAGGGGUGGUUAAUGGGAUUCACACCGAUGUUAUGUGCAUCAAAUUUAGUGAUAGAAUCAUGAUCACCAUAUCGCAGAAAGGCCGGCUUGGACAUUGGCUACAUGUUCCGCUAGAGAAUAGAAAUCCAGGGACAGAGGGGCUUCAUACUGUUCCCGAUUCUGGAGACGACAGCCUUCUCCCAUUGAGCAACCUAACUGCUACUUCAGUCCUUGGAGGACGGGUCCCUAGCCAAGAUAUUGUUGGUCAGCUAUACGCUCGUCAAAUAGCCAGUGCCAUCGUGACGAAAACGCCACAUGAGAGUCGCCUGCUUGUUGUAGGAUUGGGGUUGGAAACAGCUGAAGCUGACCGGGACGUUUUCUUUAACAUUAUUGAUCUUGUACUUCAAUGCAUCUAA